GUCAGAGACGACGCAAUUAGGGACGCCACCUAUGCCCAAAAAACGAGCGCUUCAUCAUCACUGAGGUCAGAGACGACGCAAUUAGGGACGCCACCUAUGCCCAAAAAACGAGCGCUUCAUCAUCACUGA